CGGUGAUCGGCGGUGCGCUGUGUCCGAUCACCGAUCUACGGAAAGAGCCGAAGAUGUCGGCUCGGUCAUGUGAUCAGCUGUGUCCAAUCACAGCUGAUCACAUGGGACAUGUACACUGAUCAUCAGGGCACUGAUGAUCAGUGUGCCCUGAUGAUCAGUGUGGCCCCAGAAGUGCCACCUGUCAGUGUCCAUCAGUGCCAGCUGCCAGUGCUGAACAGUGCCACGUGCCAGUGCCACAUCAAUGCCACAUAUCAGUGCCUACUAGUGCACAUCAAUGCCACAUAUCAGUGCCCAUCUGAGCUGCCUUUCAGUGUCACCCAUCAGUGCCAGUCAGUGCCACCUAUCAAUGCCAAUCAGUGCCACCUAUCAGCGCUGCCAAUCAGUGCCACCGAUCAGUGCCAGUCAGUGCCAGUCAGUACCGUCUAUCAGUGUGCAUCAGUG